AUGGAUCCUCAAGAUCCAAUUGGAUUUCGACGUAACAAAGCUAUACAAUGGAUCAGAACAGUAAGUUAUAGCCAUGAAGAUCAAAAAAUCUGGCAAUAUGGUGAGAAUAACCUUUAUAAUACGAAUUUUCAAAAAUAUAUUUCAAAACGAGAAGAAAUCAUAGCAGACCCUCAAAGUGUACCAAAAACAAAUCCAAUAUCAUCCUUAUCAACUAUUAAUGAAAUACGAGAUUUCUUUAUGAACGAUUUAAAAGUUCCUCAGUUCGAAUUAUUGAUUCCUGAUAUCAUCAGACAAGUAAUUAUGGUCUCAUCAGACAAUAUUGGUCUAUGUUUAUGUCUAUCUACAUAUGCAAAAUCGAUUCCUUUAAUUGUACAAUCACUUUUAGCCAAUUUCAAAGAUUUCCCAAAGGAUGCAAAGAAAUUUGGUCAACAAGCAAUCAAUAUGCUCUCCAAAAUGAAGCCAAUUGCGCCUUUUUAUCCCGAUUUUGAACAACAUUACAUUUUUAAUUUUGGUCUUGUCGAACCAUACAUCGCCACCAAGACAUCAUUUACGUUAGGUGAUGGAUGCGUAUACUCAGGAUAUAGUAAUAAUACGAUUGUUUAUACAUUUUUGAGUUUAUUCGACGAAAGUAACAGAACUAAAACGAUUUUUACUUCACAGAAGUCGCUUGGAAGAUUCUCAUUAGUAUGCAUUAACGAAAUACUGUUAGUUAUAUCAGCAGAUGUCCAAUCUUUCGCAUUAAAUACAAAUACAUACGAAACUGUACAAAUUCAGAAACUAUCUUAUGUACAAUAUCCAUGUAUAUCAGACGGUCAUUACAUAUUCUCAAUUUCAGAAAAUCAUCCAAAAAUUAAAGUUUUCGAAAUUAUUGGAUCAGAAGCUGUUUAUAUUCGAACAGUAACUGUCGAAACUACUUUAAAUAUCAGUGAUUGCAUCUGUGCUACAAAUGGAACUGUUUUAUCUUUACUUUCUUCGGCAAAUAAUUCGAAAAGUUGUUCAAUGUAUUCAAUCAUCGAUGGAAGGUUCCUACAAACAAUAGAGAUAGAAAGAAAGGUCGGUUUACCAUUAAUUUACGGUUGGAUAUUCGAUCCUUACAAUUUUGGACAUCUUUGUUUGACAACUGACGGAUUGUUGUUUUUAAAUGGUCCGUCAGCAUUGCCACCAUGGUUUUUCGGUAUUAAUAUCCCAGAAGUAUCGAAAAUUCAGUUCGCAAACGAACAUGCGAUUCAUAUCUCGUAUUUGAAUCAAUUGUUGCUUCUCGCUAUAUAUUAUUUGGGAAGUGGUAUCUUUCCUAUGUCGAAUGCCGACCAAACUGUUAUAGUUUCUUUGUUAUCUUUAAUGGAAAAUCAAAUUAAGUCAAGUGAGUUUGAUCCGAACAUUAUCCAUGCCAUUCUCAUAAUUUUAUUGUCAAAAUGCAGGCAGUUGAAUACAGCUUGUCCAGAAAUUUAUGGAAUUACUUUACAAUUUUUCAAUGAAGCGAACAAACAUCUUAGACCGCUCAGAAAACAUAUGAGUUUUGUUUAUCUCAGCUUGUAUAACAUGAUUCCUCCUGAAAAUGAUAAAAUUAUCAAGAUAUUUAAUAAAAUUUCCGCAGAUCCUUCUUGUUCAGAGAUUUUAGUCAUGCUAUUGGAUAUUAAGUCCAUCGAUCAGGAGCUUCUAUCAAAGGAAUUCGUACAAAACGUAAUUUUGAAUUUAUUAAAAUUAAAACAAACAUUUUCUGACAGAGUUACCUCAUUACUUUGGGAUUUGAUAACCAAACUAAUCGAUGCCCGUGAAAUUCCUGAAGUUUCGGAAAAAAUUGACGCUUUUGUAAUAAAUCUCGUUGCAGCAAUGAACAAUUUAUGUAUUCCAUCGAAAGGAGCGGUCAUGACUAACUUACAGUUCUCCAGAUCUCCUACUUUGAUCAUUUAUUACAGAUUAUUGGAUACAUAUCUUGACACAAGGAAGAUAACAACAGAUAUUGUGGCCAAAAACAUAAAUAGUCUCUCAAUAUUGACUAUUUGUUCGUUAGAUCCUAUAAUUGACAGAAGAAUUUCAAAUAUUUUGGCCAAAAACAUUUUCUUGACUUAUCUACAGCUUCUCGAUAAGAUUUACAACGAUGAUGAAUUCAUAAGAUACAAGAAAUUGCCUCAAAAAGUGUUUCAUCCUCAAUUCAAAAUCAAAAAUCGAGAUAAUGUUACGGAUUUAGUCGAGAAAUGCCUCUUAGACUCCAUUGGUAUUGCCAACCAGUCCAAUAUCGAGACUUUCCUCACCAAAAUAUCGAACAAUGUCAAAAUUGGAAUCGAUUCUUUUUCAAAUUUGUCCGAAAAAGUGAAGAAACUCGAAGAUAUCCAGCCACAACCACUUAGAAAGAUCAUACGAUUCCUUGAAGACCCAGAUGCCAAGUUUAAUGUCCAUGGAGACGAAGCAAUGCAAGAUUUCCUAAAAUCUGUAAAAUAUUAUCACGACCAAACCGUUGUAGACUAUGAUUCCGUUGUUGGCUCUCUUCUUUUCUACUUCGAUGCCCUUUCCGAUGACAUUCUCUGUCUUUCCCAAGAAGAUGCGAUGAAAUUCGUCCGAAUUAUCCCUUCCCCGCUCUCUCUUCCCUACCAAAUCCUUGUUGCCGCUGACUACAAGAUGAAUGAGAACCAAAUACUCGCACUCAAGCUCGACGACCUCUGUAAAAAUAAAGAAAAAAUCAUUCAAAUUUACCAAGGUUAUCAAAAUUUGUCACUUUUACAACCGUUAAUUUCUACACAACAUUUAGUUUCUGUUAGUGAAAGUGUGUUGAACAGAGCGUUGAGUCUUUCGUGUAUUUACUUCUCAUCGGAUAAUGUUGUUCUGGACAACAAAAUUUACUUUCUUUUGCAAAGAAUUCUGCAAAAUGUCACUGGAGUCACUUUUCCAACUUUUUUAGAUCUUUGCAGGAUCAUCAUUAGCAAAGGAUAUGAUGUCAUAUCAGAGCAGCUCAGCCAAUUGAUAAUAGACAUUAUUUCUCGUGGUUUGAUGAAAGAUAAAAGUGUUUUGCCAAAAGUGAAUGAGUCUUCAUUCUUUAAAUGCGUUUUCACGGCAAUUGACACUGCAAGAAUCCUUCUUUCGUCAUCAACUGUCUUCUCUGGUUUUAUUUCAUCUGUUGAUUCGUUUUCGAGAGAAAUGAAAAUUGCGGUUUUCGCAAUUUGUCAAAAUUCUUUGUUUGUCACAAGAAACUCAAAACGAAUCGAGAUAAUUCUCCAAAAUACAGAUGUCAUAAAGGCAAAGGAUGUCACUGUUUCCGUAGAUUCUACAAGACUAUUCCUAGAAAACGGAAAAGUCAUAGAAACAAGAGUUUGUAAAUCAAUCAAAACUUUCUCAGAAAAAUUCAAAAUUCAAAAAUUGAAACAAACUCGUUCAAUUUUUGAUUGCGUGUUAAACUUCGGCGCGCAGAGUGAAAUAGAGAAAGUUUUGAAGUACUCUUGUUUAGUUGAGUUUACAAAACUGCCAGAAUUAUGUCAAACCGCUGAAUUAUUUGAAUUUUUCAAAGGAAACAAAAUUUCACCUACAACUGUCUUAGAUCAGCGGAUGUGGCAUUUCUCGAACUCUUUCUUCAAACUCCCGAACUCGAGAAUCCCUCCUUUCCAGAUAUCUUCCGCUCAUUCUUCUUCAGUUUUGUCAAAUUUGUCAGAAAAUGACAAAAUUUUUGUGAAAGGCGAAAUUGUUUCUAAUGGCGAAUUCAUGAUAUCAUCUCCUAUAUUAUCUAGCGUUUUUUCGAACAUUGUCAUUAGUAUUCCUAUUGCAAUAACAGUACAAUUCUUCAUGCAAGGAAAACUUCGAAAUUAUUCAAGUUCUUUGUCUUACAAACAAAUUACAUUGAAUUUCGAAGAGAAUUCUAAGUUAGAAAUAUCUUUUGAUCCUCAAAUCAACGAGAUAUCUGUCAAAGCAAAUGGAAAUGCACAUGUAUUCCCUAUGUAUCCUUCUGUUGAAUACUACGCUUUCUGUUUGAUUAUGCCUGAAUCAAAUUGUCCUUUUUCAGCGGAAUUUUACGAAAAAGAAAUUUCGGAAACAAAUGCUUAUAAGAACUUGAACCAUGAGAAUUUCCCUUCUUUGAUUGAGUCAUCAGGAGCUGCAAGUGUUGGAUCUAUAUUUGAUAAACAUCAGCUCCACAACAGGACAAAUCUUUGUUUGGAAAGUUUAUCUUGUUCUGCAUUGGAAAACAUUGCAAGAAACAAAGGAAAUAAACUGAAAACGAAAGAAUUUGUUGAAUGUCUUGUUAUUGAUGAUGAAAUGGACAUUGCAAGAGAAAUUGCUCUUGAAAUAGGAAAAGAAGGGUUUCAUUUAGAAAACAAUGAUGAUGUUGUUGUUUAUUCAGGAAAUAUAACAGCAAUUCCUGUAGGAAUGAAUUUCCAAUUGAGAGAUAAUAAUUACUGGGCUGAUGGAAAUAAAAUUGUGAAAAGAGGAGAAGGAUUUACAACUCAGCCGUCUUUGAUUAUUCCAAUCGAUGAUAUAAGAUGUACUUCUAUUGUUAAUAACAAAAUUGCGAAUUUGUUUGAAUAA